AUGCCUCACGCGACAGAUACCGAGUACCACCACAUUGAGGUGAAGCAGCUCGGGCCAACGUUUGCAGCUGAGGUCUCUGGUGUGGAUUUCUCGAAGCCAGUCGAGAAGGACGUCUUUGAUGAAAUCCGUCGAGCCAUCGUUGACUAUGGCGUGCUUGUUUUCCGCAAAGCCGGUCUCGAUGAUGCACGACAUGUUGCCUUCGCCGCCCUCUUCGGUGAACUAGACGACGUCAAGCCAUACCUGACUUUAGGUCGCAAGAAUAGAUUUCCUUUCGACGAGCUGUUUGAUGUCUCUAAUCAAGAGGACGACGGUUCGCUCGUCAAAAUAGGAACUCAACGCCAUCACAUGGGCCUGGGUAACUCGAUAUUUCAUGUGGACUCAAGCUUCAAUCCACGAAGGGCCGGCUACAGCCUGCUUCGCGCCCACCAACUUCCUCCCCGGGGCCACGGCGGCAACACCGACUUUGCCGACACCCGAACCGCCUUUGACGAACUGCCCGAGGAUCUGCGCAAAGACCUGCUCGAGAACGAGUACAUCGGCGCUCACAGCCUGAUGCACUCUCGGAAGAAGGCCGCUCCCAAGGACAGCCCCUGGCUCAAGGACGUCAACCCGGAAGAUUUCCCCUUUGGACGCCACGAUGUGGUCCAAACGCACCGGCCCAGCGGUCGCCAGAAUCUCUACAUCGCCAACCACAUGCACCACCUGGAGUACAGGAAGCCGAAGUCCGCCGACUUUGUGCCCACCCCUAGCCAGCCGUUCGAACGGGUCCCCGAGCCUCAGGGGACCGAACUUAUCGAAAGACUGCUCGCCCACGCAGCGCAGUCCAGGUAUGUCGUCAGCGUCGAGUGGGAGAACGAGGGCGACCUGGUCGUCUGGGACAAUACCUGCGUCAUGCACAAGGCGGGCGAGGGAACCUUUAUGGAGAAAUAUGCCCGCGACAUGAGGAGGUGCACGGUGCACGAUGGCAGUGUGGAUGCUUGGGGACACAAUGAGAGGACGACCAAGAGAAUGGGUCUGCCAUGA